GCCGGGGAGCGAUGGCGGCGGCCGGGCCGGGCCCCGGGGCCGGCGGCGCGGUGAAGACGCUGGCCCUGGUGCUGGAGGACGAGGCCCGGCGCGCCGGUGGCGGCGGCAGCGGCUACUGCAGCGGGGACACGGUGUCCGGGCAGGUGCUGCUGGAGCUGGCGGGGCCGCUGCCGCUGCGCGGGCUGCGCCUGGAGGCCGCGGGGCGGGCGCGCGUCGCUUGGAGCGAGAGCCCCGGCGCGGGGCCCGGCGCGGGAGCCUGGGGGGUGGCGGUGCGGCCGCCGGGGCCCGGCCCGCGGAGGGAGGCGGAGGUGCGGUACCUGGACAUCCGACAGAGCCUCCUGAGGGACCCGCCCGAAGGUGAGGAAAACUUAAUUCUUCUAGAUGGAAGACACGAAUUUCCGUUCAGCUUUCAGCUCCCUCAAGAACCUCUGGUGACCUCUUUUACUGGGAAGUAUGGCAGUAUUCAGUACUAUGUGAAAGCCAUCCUGGAGAGGCCUGCAGCUCCUGAUCAGAGUGUGCAGACAGAGCUCCAGGUCAUCAGCCAUAUCGACGUCAGCUCACCAGCCCUCUUGACACCUGUUCUAAGAAGUCAGGAGAAGAUGGUUGGCUGUUGGUUUUUCACCUCUGGGCCAGUGUCUCUCAGUGCCAAAAUUGAGAGGAAGGGAUACUGUAAUGCUGCCAUUUUCCAAACACAAACUUACCUGGCCAGUGGGAAGACAAAAACCUUCCGUCAGAUGGUUGCCAAUGUCCGAGGAAACCACAUUGCCUCUGGGAGUACAGAUACCUGGAAUGGGAAAACUCUGAAAAUCCCACCUGUAUCCCCCUCUAUACUUGACUGCUGCAUUAUUAGAGUAGAAUAUUCAUUAGCUGUGUAUAUCCAUAUUCCUGGUGCUAAGAAAUUGAUGAUUGAAAUGCCUCUGGUGAUUGGCACUAUUCCAUGUAUUGGAUUUUCAAGCAGAAACUCCAGCAUUACCAGCCAGUUUAGUAUGGAUAUGAGUUGGCUGGCAUUGACCAUGCCUGAACACCCUGAAGCACCACCAAAUUAUGCUGAUGUAGUGUCUGAGGAAGAGUUUUCCAGACAUGUUCCUGCUUAUCCACCACCCAUUGACUGCGAGGAACAGUUGUGUUGUCCUGUCUUUGCUUAUAUACAAGAGUUCCGGUUCCAGCCUCCACCUCUUUAUUCAGAGAUUGAUCCACAUCCAACUGAUGUAGAAGAAAUUCAGCCCGUUUCGUUCAGGCUCUGAAGAGGAUUUGUAACAAGCAUCAUUGUGAUGAAUGUCUUAAUCUUUCUGCUGCUUAAGCUGGUAGUGCAGCUAAAAAGGAAACAGUUUUCUUUUUCAAAACUUCAGUUUGUGUACGAGAAAGGCAAAGGAAAAUGGAGGAGGAGGUAUGAGCACGUUUGGUGAUGAAAGAGAAUCUGCUGGAUUAGUCUGCACAGAGGAAUAAUGUGGGAGCAGCCAAGCUUGGGAUACUUGAGAAGUACCUGAAAAUGCUGAAAUGAAAAUGAAUGAAUGAAAUACUGAAUGUUUUCCCAAAAGUGGACACACUACACAAAGUACGAGGAGGAGAUGUAUGGAUCUUCUGAAGAGAAAAGAAUUUAUAUUUUGUUUGGAACACUCUGGAAGAUUGUACAUAAUGAUGUUGAGAACUCUUGUAGUAGAACUUGCGUAGUAGAACAGAAUGUGGGGUAAGAAAACAUUUCCAAAAGAUUCCAGUGUUCAAGGGGCUUCAGCUUUGCACUGUCUGCAUCCAGGAAAGGAACACUAUUAGAAGGUGAAGUCUUAACUCCAGCUUAACUUCGUAUUUCAUGAGAACCUGCCCUUCUCACGACUGCCAAGUGGUACUAUUUCAUCACUCGUAACGAUCCUGAAGGCAUCACGGAUGACAGAGUAGCUAUUACGCAAUACUAUGAAGGCAACCAUUUACUGAGUGAGAGACACAAGUAUGGAAGAGAAGAGUGGACUUUGAUACAAGCUUAUGCACUAUGCUUUCUUUCAAGGGAUUUCUUAAGGGAAUUAUUCUAGCCUCUUCUACUGUGAGUUCUUCUUUUGCAUCUUAAGCCUAUGGAUAGCAUGAUAAGGGGAAGCAUGGCAAGGGAGAAUCCUUCUGCCAACAGCAGGUAUACUUAGCAAAAUGGACAAUACUUAUUUAUUCAAAAGCCUUUAUAAGCCUACCUCUGUUUUGGAUAUUUACUUACGGUCAGAUUUGAGACCAAAAAAAGUCUUGUUAAAGCUCCAGUAUACUUCAAGGUUCUAAAAGGGACCCUAAAUGGUUUCUGUGGUUAGUGAAUGAGAUAAGAGGCGUAGGGAGAGGUGUAAAUAUACCCAGAAUAGACAUAGCUUAUAACUGAAGUGAAAGCAGAUAUCAGGGGAACAAAGUCCUCUGGUAAUGGCACAAAGCUUUUCAUUACUCCUGCAUUUUUGUCUAAAGAUCUAUUGUCAGGGGCUGCACUGGUCAUUUGCUAUCCAUACUAUAUAUGUUGGUGUGUUUCCUUGUUUGUUUUUGCUGUUUAAUUUUGUUUUGGUGCAAUAUUUUAAUGUUUUCUUCCUCAGGUCAUUUAGAACAGUGAGAGUUUGUUGCUGCUAAGAGUGAAGGCACAGCAUUUACGUGCCCUUCUGCUGCCUUCCUUUAAAGUAGAAUGUUUGCUUCCUGCCAAGCAUCAAUUGGGAUAAAUAAACCACCACCAACAAAUCACAGGAGCAGAAACACAGCAUUGUCAGCACGCACGUUUACAGUCCUGUCUUUAAAGUACAGGGGAUUUUGGACUAUUAGAACUACUCCAUAUGUCUUACAGAAGGGUUUGGGGUUAAAACCCGGUGCUUCAUGUGGUAAAACAUUGUACUUUCUGAUAACUACAAAAACAGUAAUUGAGUUUCCUUCAUUUCAUCAGUAACUGCAGUUUAAAGAAAGUUUAAAUGGUUUUUUAUGAAAUCUGUCUUCAUAUAAGAAGCAGGGAUUUUUCUACAGGCAUACACACGUAUAUAUUUUUAGUCUUCUCUCAAGUAUGACUUCCUUACAUUGUCUAAUUUCUAGCACUUCACCUCAAAAUCACUUUUGCAUCAGUGUGAAAGACAGACUGAUGGAGAUCCAUGUUUCCAAACUGCAGUUAUUUUUUUUUCAUUUGCAACAUUAAGUAUUGUCUUCUAUAGCAAAUGCAGCUUUAACCAAAAUUUGAGUGCAUGUUUUAGAAAGGACAUUCUAAAAACAAGUAUUUAAGUCUCAAGAUGUAGCUCUCAUGCCUUUUUAAGUGAGGGCCUGCCCAUACAAUCAAUGCAGGAUUUUCAUUCACAUCACCUGGAAAGGGAAUAAGCAUCUUUUCCUUAAACAGACACCAUUAUAGUUACUUGAAAAGUAAUGUUGCUGUGUAUUAACUUGCAUGUUAAUAAUUCAAAAAAUUAGCUUAAAGAACAUCAGGUGCUUUUUUGGACUGUAAUACCUGAUAGGUGAUGUGUGCUACCUGGUAUAAUCAUGGUCAAGCAAACAAGAGAAUGAAGGGUAAAGAUAUGCUUUUUUUUUUCCUUUAAAAUCUUUGAGUUGUUUUUUUAUUCUUUGCAGAUAAACUGUGGCCUUAGAUUGUUUGCUGCAAAAAAAAAAGUCAACUAUUAUGUGUUUCUUAGGAAGCACACAUGGCCCUUCAAAGGAGGGGUGAAAACAAGAUUAAAUUCUGCUCUCUGGCACUUGGCUUAGUGCAGAAAUUGAUCCUUAAAAAUAAUUACUGUUUGCACAAUAAUAAGUUCAAUAUGCAGGGGCUUUGUUUUGAUAACUGUGAAACAGUUUAAAAGAGACAAAAUAAAAAAAAAAAAGCUGUUUAACAUACAGGAACAUGAUUGUAUUUUGUACUAAUGAAUGAGCCCCAUGGGUUCUUUGUUAAUAAAAGUGUCAAACCUA